AUGGGCCCGCGCAUUCGCAAGGUGUACCCCGACGACCCGAGCUUUGAGCCCGCGGACUGGGACGUCAUCUGCGACGUGCGCUCGCCGUCCGAGUGGGCGGAGGACCACGUCCCGCUCAGCAUCAGCGCCCCGGUCCUGGACGACGACGAGCGCGCGAGGGUGGGGACGAUAUACAAGCGAGAGAGCCCGUUCCUCGCGAAGAAGGUGGGCGCGUCGCUCGUGGCGAAAAAUCUGUCGAAGAUCAUCGACGCGCACUUCGCCCACAGAGAGAAGGACACGAAGGUGCUCGUGUACUGCUGGCGCGGCGGCGAGCGAAGCCUCUCGCUCGCGCACGUCUUAUCGCGGAUCGGGUUCACGGUCGGGAUCGUCCCGGGCGGGUACAAGCGCUACCGCGCCGGCGUGCUCGAGUUUCUACGCUCGAUGGACGGGUUCCGAUACCAUCUCGUCGCGGGGAAAACCGGGUGCGCGAAGGGGAAGAUGCUCGAGACGCUCGAGGCGCAGGGCGCGCAGGUGUUGGACUUGGAGGUCAUGGCGCAGCACCGCGGGAGCGUUCUGGGCGAAGACCCGGAGACGAAAUUUUCGCAGCCGUCGCAGAAGGCGUUCGACACGAGGCUGUGGGAGAAGGCGAGGACGUUUGACCGGACGCGGCCCAUCUUCGUCGAGGGCGAGAGCUCGAUGAUCGGCAAGGUGCAGAUCCCGAAGAAUACGUGGAAAGGAAUGCGCGCGGGGACCGUGACGCUGUUGGAGGUUCCGAUGGCGUCCAGGGUGAAGUGGAUCCGCGCCGGGUACAAGCACUUCGAGACGACGGAGGUGCCGCGUCUGAUCGAGAAACUCAACGUGCUGGUUCAAAAAGUCGGACGGAAAAAAGUCGAGGAGUGGGAGGAGAUGGUCGCCGCCGAGCGAUGGGAUGAGUUCGUGGAGGACAUCUUGGUGAACCACUACGACAGCGCGUACGGCGAGGCGGCGAAACGGAGCGGGCGCGACGACGCCGCCGCGGAGUUUCUGAUGCUUCCGGACACGGAGGACGAGACGUACGCCGCCGCCGCCGCGGAGCUGAUUCGGAAAUACGACGUCAGCGUUCCCGCGGCGGAGGCGGAGGCGGUGGAGACGGAGACGGAGACGGAGGCGGAGGCGGCGAGCGCGCCGGCGAGGUGA